CUCAACUCUCCGAAAAAAAAAAAUUCAUGCAUACACAAGCCCUUCGCCUACAACUCCCGCAAUUUUUCCUUACACGUAUUGAUAGACUUCGCUUUUUUGCAUGCCCUACAUCUUCUGAGCUUCUCUCCUUAAUCGUACCAUAUCGGCGUCCAUUCUAUCUCUCCCCAAGUUUGAGACGCGCACAAAGCUUGAAGACAGCUCCUAUUUUCAGAGUCGGCGUGCAUCCUAUGCAGCAACCACUCCUUCAGCGGAACAUGGCGACAGCGACUCUGGACAUGAUGACGCUGUCAUUCUUAUCCAAAUCGUUUGAGGAUCUGGCUAUCGAUGCCUCGACAGACGCGAGCAAAAUCUCCAGCGCCAUAUUCCCCGACAGCAAGUAUACCGACGCCGAGAAGGCAGAGAUAGAUCAAUGGGUUAUUGCGGCAUCGCAUAUCGCAGACAAAACUGCGGACGCUGCGAAGACGGACGAGCGUCUCGCGAACCUCAACCGCCACCUUUCGACGCGCACCACGUUGCUCGGCAGCAAGCCGUCAGUUGCAGACAUUGCCCUGUACCAACGCCUUGCACCCAUUGUAUCCAAAUGGAGUUCUGAGGAAAGAACGGGCGAGCAGGGCUAUCAUCAUAUCGUAAGAUACGUCGACUUUGUCCAGAAUUCUCCUGUGUUUGGGUUGAAGCUCGAGAAUGCCGAAAAAGUCAACAUUGACGUGGAUAAAAUCACGUUUGUUCUCAAGCCGAUAGACGUAAAGGCAGAGAAGGCACGAAUGAAGAAGGAGAAGGAAGCUGCUGCUGCUGCUGCGGGUGCAGCGACGCCCACAGACAAGGCUAACGACGCGGCCGACAGGACGAGCAAUAAGGACAAGACCGAUACUGCCAUUGGAGCGGCAGGCACUGAAUCGCCGAUUUCAAAGGAGCAUGUCGACAAGAAGCAAAAGAAGGAGAAGAAGGAAAAGACGCCAAAACCGCAAAAGGCUGCGCCUGUGGAGAAGCCGCUGUCUCCCGCCCUCAUUGACCUUCGCGUGGGCCAUAUUCUCAAGUGUGUGCAACAUCCGGACGCUGAGAAACUGUAUGUCUCCACAAUGGCGGUUGGUGACGCGCCGGGUACGGAAAACACGUCUGAGUAUGAGGGACAGGUUGUGCGCACCGUCUGCUCUGGCCUCAACGGCCUUAUCCCUCUAGAAGAGAUGCAGAACCGCAAGAUCGUUGCCGUAUGCAAUCUCAAGCCCGUCACAAUGCGCGGCGUGAAAUCAUGCGCCAUGGUCCUUGCUGCCUCGCCCCGCGAUGACGACAGUCACGCCGGUCCUGUCGAGCUUGUCAGCCCCCCCGCUGAAUCCAAGGCUGGUGAGCGUGUAUAUUUUGAGGGCUGGGAAGGCGAGCCAGAGGCAGUACUCAACCCAAAGAAGAAGAUCUGGGAGACAAUCCAACCGGGUUUCACUACCACAGAUGACCUGAUCGCUGCUUUUAACGUUGAGGAUGUUGAGCCGCUAAAGGCGCAAGGAAAGACCGGUAUUAGCAAGCUGAGGACAAAAGAUGGUUUCUGUGUUGUGAAGAGUUUGAAGGGAGCGACCAUUCGGUAAAAAUCGAUGGGCGCCAUUUGGUAUAUCAACGAGGCACAUUUUGAAGUCUUAAAGUUAUAAUCUCGAAGUUCACGUCGGUAUUGAUGUUAACUCAACGGUCUAGAUAUGGCAUAAAGAGCUUUCACGAGGACGUUGUAUGUACGCAAACAACGAAAGUGCCAGAUUAAACUAGCUAAGAUACAAUGAAUUUGUUGAGAGAUUAA